AUGAUCGGAGCCGGCGAUCAAGGAAAAGGGCGGUGGUGGAGAUGGCGCUGGCGGCGGAAGCGAGGAUGGGUGGCGAUGGCUCUUGUCUGCUUCUCACCUGUUCUCCUUCCUCUUUUCUGCCUCUCCUUCCCUCUCCUCUGUAUCGCCGCUUUUUGUCUCAGAUUCACGGCCGCAGAAGCUCAGGGCUGCCGGAGGCGGCGCCGAGACGGCGCCGAAGAGGUGAUUCCGUGUGUGAAAAGAGGGAGGCGAGAUGCGAUUAGAAGCGAACUGCUACAUCGAUAUCUCGAAGAUCAGAUGACGAUCGCCGAGUCGGUGCUGGAUUUCGAAGGCGACGGUGAUGCCACCGGCGACCAUGGUGAGUUAUAG